AUGAACACCCUAUACUCAUUCCACACUCGGCGCUCCAUUCUCUCUCUUGCCCGUCUCAUCCUCCUCCACUGCCCCACAAACCCUAGCCCUAAUCUUCAAACACUCUCUCACAGUCACAGGCUCUUCUCCGAGCAAUCAUGGCUCUCCUAUCCGGGUAACCCCCUAAUCAAGUGGCCCCAACCAUCAUCACCAUACCCAAAACCCCAAUCGACGCCACCUCUCUCCUCCCCUUCCCCACUACUCCUAGCCGAAAACCCUAAAAACCCUAACACUGACUCCAAUUUCAACUACACUGACUUCACUACCAUUUGUGACCUCCUCGCAAAUCCUAAUAUCCAACCCGGUCCGGCUCUCGAAGCUGCCUUAGACCAGACAAAAAUUGAACUGGGUCCGUCUCUUUUACACGAAAUAUUCAACCAUUUUGAUUCUUCUCCUAAACCCUUGUUCACGCUAUAUCUCUGGGCUGAGAAACAACCCGGGUACCGAUUCUCCGUGGCCCUGUUAAAUUCCAUGAUUAAUGUCCUUGGUAAAGCCAAAGAAUUUGAUUCCGCAUGGUCUCUAAUUCGUGGUCGGCACAAUGCCAAUGAGGGAGCUGAUAUGGAUACGUUUGCUAUUAUGAUUAGGCGGUAUGCUCGUGCAGGUAUGCUUCAACCAGCAAUUCAGACAUUUGCAUUUGCAUCUAACUUAGACCUAAUUCGUGACUCAAACUUGGAACUAAAUUUGUUUGAGAUCCUGUUAGACUCUUUUUGUAAGGAGGGACAUGUUAGGGAAGCAUCAGAAUAUUUUGAUAAGAAAAGGGGACUGGACCCAAGUUGGGUUCCAUCAACACGGGUUUAUAAUAUACUAUUAAAUGGCUGGUUUCGGUCAAGAAAGCUUAAACAGGCCGAACGGCUUUGGCUGGACAUGCAAAAGGAGAAUAUAAGACCGAGUGUUGUAACAUAUGGUACCCUUGUGGAAGGGUAUUGCCGAAUGCGUCGUCUUGAGAUGGCGAUUGAAUUGGUGGGUGAGAUGAGGAAGGAAGGAAUGGAGCCAAAUGCAAUUGUGUAUAAUCCCAUCAUUGAUGCAUUAGGAGAAGCUGGUAGGUUUAAGGAGGCAUUAGGGAUGAUGGAACGGUUUUUAGUUUCGGAAUCAGGUCCUACGAUAUCUACCUAUAAUUCCCUUGUGAAAAGUUUUUGCAAGGCAGGGGAUCUUGCAGGGGCUAGCAAAAUCCUUAAGAUGAUGAUCAGUAAAGGAUUUGUGCCAACUCCUACGACUUAUAAUUACUUUUUUAGGUACUUCUCAAAAUUAGGGAAAAUUGAGGAGGGGUUGAACCUCUAUACCAAGAUGGUUGAAUCUGGGUACAUUCCCGACCGGCUCACUUAUCAGCUGUUAGUGAAGAUGUUAUGCGAGCAGGAGAGAUUGGGCCUGGCAAUGCAAAUGAUUAAGGAGAUGAGAGCCAGGGGAUGUGAUCUGGACUUGGCUACAAGUACCAUGCUGAUACAUUUAUUGUGCAAAAUGCAUCGAUUUGAUGAGGCUUUGGGGGAGUUUGAGGACAUGAUUAGGAGAGGAAUUGUUCCUCAAUACAUUACGUGUCACAAAAUGAGCGAUGAGCUUAAGAAGCAUGGAAUGACUAAAAUGGUAGAAAAACUAAGUGAUUUAAUGGCUUCUGUCCCUCUCUCAAUGAAACUGCCAAAUACCUACAGGGAAGAUGGAGAUACAUCACGGAGAAGGAAAACAUUUGUUUUGCGGAAAGCUGAAGCGAUGUCUGAUAUCUUGAAGACAUGCAGGGAUCCGAGAGAACUUGUCAAGCAUAGAAGUCCACCGGUGAAUUCUGUUGUGAAUGCAAACAGGUUGGAGGGUGGUAUUAAAAGGCAUGUGUAAUGAUAAAGUUUAUGUGGCUUUCACCAAUUAGAUGUGGUGUACAAGUUGAGCUGAAGUGCUUAGAAGCUGCUGAACAGAUUCAUCAGAGGUGGAAAACGGGGUGGUCCUCAAAGCUUCAUGGUGGAAGAGAUCCCUUCCUCAACUAUCAUUCAUGGAUGGACCCUGUGCCUAAUCUGUUAUUCAUUGCUUCUUGCAUAACUUCUAUAAAGAGUUACAGGAUGUAGUAUGCUGGUGAGAUUCUCAGGUAUCAGUUAGUUUCUGUUUCACUUGCAGUCUGUUUUGCUCUUGUAAUAUGGCAUUCAAAUCAAAUGGUGAGGGUGUAGAUAGCACUUGUGAUUUCUUGAUGUUAUUCAUAUGUUAUUAUUGCUUGUCCAAAAUUUGCCAUUCUAUGUAUUUAACUUUUAAGGGGUCCUUCAGUUUCAUUCCACGGUUGGACCCUGUUCUUGUUCUGUUAUUCGUCACUACUUGCAUGACUUCUUAAUAAAUUUAACUAUGGAUCAUAUGGCAGCUUUGUUCAACUUAAUUUUUUGGUGUCCUAUUAUGUUUUACAAGUUCUGUUUCACAUGGAGUCUCACACUUGCAUUCGUCUUGGUGCAUAAUUAUUCAUCUUCAAACUUGCUUGAGGUACUGCACCACCCUACUUUGCAAGAAAAUAACACUGCAUUUUCUCUCUUGAUGUAUCUUAUGUUUCUCAGUUUGUCCUGAGCCUAUUCUGAAUUUCUGAUCUGUAGGCUUUGCAACUUCAAUUAUCUUUCGUUUUGUCAGCGUAUUAUUCUUUUACAUUGCAUGCUAUGAAACAUGGAGAAUCAAUAGGUGCUAAAAAAUGGCAGAUCAGCGCAUAAAUGCAAUUCUCAUUAAAAAAUAUCUUCUUGUUUGCAAGUUUUCUUUUGUUUAUGCAUAUAACUUUCUUUGUCAAACCACUUGAAGUAGAGUGUCGGAUUUUGUUACAGGCUUGCUUGGACUUCGUCUGACCCUAGACCAUUUUACAAGAAUGUAUAAUGGUUAUAAACAAAUUGUUAUAAGGUGAUUAUAAUGAUUUCCUGUCAGAGAGCUUUCGAUAUUAAGAGGGUUUCCUUGGCAUGUUUGAUGCAGCUAUGCACACCUAUAAAAAUGGAUUUUGUCAAGCUGAUUUAUGGUUAGGAGAAAUUACCUUGCAUAGAGACGCAGAUGAGGGUGCUCUGAUUUUACUGAGCAAGUUACAUUAAGUUGCACCCUUGGGACAAAAUGUACGGGAUCUAUCCUUGAAAAUUUUUGAUAACCUAGAUAAUUCUCAUAUAUAGCCUCAUUAAAAUAUGCAGUUUUUUUUUUUUAUCUAUCUACCCAUCUAUAUACGCACACAACCAUACACACUUAUAAAAGGAAGUAACACAUUUUUCCCCAUCAUCUGGUUUUUGUCAUUGAGUGAUGCUAUUAGUUCCGAAAACUGACCUAAUGAUGUGACUAUGACAUGGUCCAAUAAGAUUAUUGUGUAACUGUUGAACUUUGUCAUUGGAACUCUAUCACUUAACACACCAUUAUGUCAGCAAAUUAGGUUAAUUUUUUAGGUCUCAAUAACAUUACUCUUUGUCAUUUUCUUCUUCUCUUUCCCCUUCGUGUGUUGUGGCGGUGGA